CUAUAAUGAAAAAGAUUUUAAGCAGCACUUGGAGAAGAUAUUCUGCUAUGACAGUGUUAUCUACAAUGAUGUGAUGAAAACAAAUCCAAGGAGUUGGUCCAGGGCAUUCCAGAAAGUAGGCAGCUUCUGUGAGGAUGUUGACAACAACUCAGUGGAGUCUUUCAAUGGAUCUUUGAACAAGGCAAGAGAGAAGCCAUUUGUUGCAAUGUUAGAGACUAUCAGAAGAAUGGCCAUGGUAAGGAUUGCCAAAAGGUCUGUAGAAUCCCAUACUCACACAGGUGCAUGUACACCUUAUGUUGCCAAGUUUCUAGCUGGUGAACACAAGCUCGCUUCUACUGCCAAAGUAUCUACAAGCACCAAUGGAAUGUAUGAAGUGAGGCAUGGUUCUGAUUAUCACCGAGUAGACUUAAAGGCAUACACUUGUACAUGCAGGAAGUGGCAGAUCUGUAGCAUCCCGUCUUGA